AUGGCUCUCAACUGGAGUUCAUUCCUAGGGGACGACGGUCUGAAUGCCCAGGACGGCCGCUGGGACCAGCCGUCGGCCCAGCAGCAGCAGCAACAGCAGCAGCAGCAGCAGAACCAGCGGCCUCAGGCCCAACCGCACCACCACCACCAGCAGCAGCUGCCUCAGCACCCGAGCCGCCCGCCCCCCCAGCAGCACCCCAACGUCCCAACCACUUCAGGUCCUGCCGGCCAGGUCUCCGCCGCUUCAAUCGCACAGGGCCGCCCCGCCUUCAGCCCGUACGAGGACGCCACGCAGGAAACCUACUUCUCCGAUGCCUUCUAUAAUGACCCUAAUAACUACUUCCUCAGCGACCUCGAGGUCCUGGAGCCGCUGGGCGCCGUCACACUAGCCGGCUCCACCUCCGACUCGUCGCCCGAAAACUUCAACGACGUCGUCGACCUGACGGACCCGAACGGACGCAUGCCGCAGUUCCAGCAGGCUCGUCCACCCAAUGUCAUGAACCGCCAGUCUGCGGCAGCCCAACAACAGCAGCAGCAGAACAAACAGCCCCCGUCCAUGCCCACGACUACUUCGCUUGCAGAGAUCCAGCAGAACUUCGUGACGGCUUUCCCGCAGGACCCGCGCUCGGCUGCUUACGUCGAGGAUCUAACCUUUCCCCAGGGACCCCGAGGCGCUGCGAAGAACUCCGUUUCUACGCUGGACACUGUGAACGAGCUGCCCGAGACGGACAUGACGACCAAGCGAUCCAAGAACUCCGGAAAAGCCGACUCGCUCGCCGCAUGCUGGACUUCGCCACUCUGUCCCAACCACAGCAAGGAAGGGACUCCACCCAACCCAUCCACUUGUGGCGGGGCCUGUGCGCCGUUCCUUUUCGCCAACACGGAGGAUUCCAAUUUUAGUGGGGCCAUCGACUCUUCGCUUCUGACCCAGGAUCCCAUCCCCUCCAAGGAAUCGCCCGAAGGCGUGGUGGAGAUUCAGAAUCGGCCUCGAUUGAAGCGCAGCGAGAGCGAUUCGAGCCGCGAGCCCUCCGGACGUCUCUUCAGCAAGAGCACUUCAGGAACCGCCGAACCGCCGCAACAACAGCAGCCAUCAGCACUGAAGAAUGAAAGCAGCCCAGAUUCGCAUUCGCCCGAGGAUAUGGGCGGUGCGGGACCGGGUGCAGAUGGUGCCGAUGGAAAGGGCAAGACUCGCCGCCGUUUGCCACACAACCAGGUUGAGCGCAAGUACCGCGAAUCCCUGAACACACAGCUCGACUCUCUCAGGCGAGUGGUUCCGGCGCUUCAGCAGUCUUCCAGGGGCUGCGAAGGUGGCGACAUUGAGGAUCUGCCCACACCGUCGAAGCCCAGCAAAGCCGUGGUCUUGGCCAGCGCUACGGCGUACAUCAAACAGAUGGAGAAGGACAAGAAGCAGCUUGCCGACGAGAAUCAGCUUCUCAGGACGCGGAUCAAGGCGCUUCAGGCUCUCGUUAAAUGCGAGGAUUGCAGCCUGAUGCAAUACGUGAUGGAUCUGAAACUUCACAACGGACCACCUGCGCCCGCUGGCUGCCCCGGCUGA